AAAAAGCAUUCUCCGCGCGUUUGACACUACUCGAAAAACUUGUUCAGGAACGUUCGGUAGACGAUAGAUGACUAGAGUUAAAGGUACUAUGCGAAGCGUGUGUAAAGAAAAGUGCGUCGAGUCUCUGUGGGAUGUUUAAAAACGGUGACGCAAGAUUGUGAUAAAUGUUAUCUUGGUCAAACGAUCUUGUGAACGUCGGCUCCAAGGAGUGUUACGGUUACCAUUGGUACGAUCAUACAUUGCGACGUGCAUCUUGGAGUGGAGCGUUUUCGUGGUACUUGGACUAGUCUUGGUUGAAAGGCGGAGGAUACCGUGAUUCCGUCUCGGCAGUUUCAUCCAUUCGAUUUCGAACUUGGACGAGGAUGAAGGCCAAAAGGAUGCUGACGAUCGUAGUCGCGAUUUUAAUAUCGGCGAGCACGAUCCCCAACAGCGCCGCGGAGCUCUACACCGCGUUGGCGGAUAUGGAGGAAUUGUUGGAAACGGAGGCGGUUCUCAUAGACACGCUCAACGGUUACAUCAAGGCUCAGGAACAGCGUCUGGCUACUCUCCGAAAAAACGUGGAGGAUUACGCGAGGGAACACGAGGAAGCCUCGAGAAACAUUCAACAGUACCUGUCGAAUCCAAUCAACGCUUAUCUACUGGUGAAAAGACUGACCACCGACUGGAAGCGGGUCGAGGAGCUGAUAACCCAGGACGUGGGCAAGUCUUUCGUCGCGAAUAUUACGAGCUCACGGAGCGACCUUAAAUUCCCAACCGACGAGGACCUUAACGGCGCUGCCGUCGCUUUGAUGAGGCUGCAGGACACCUACAAACUCGAAACUGCACAGGUCGCCAGGGGCGUUCUAAACGGAGUUCAAUACAGCACCGGAUUGACUGCCAGCGAUUGCUUCGAGCUGGGACGGCAAUCUUAUCACAACCGCGAUUACUAUCAUACGGUUCUCUGGAUGCAGGAAGCCAUGGAUCGGCUUCAGGAGGAACAAAACGCGACCACGACUUCGAAACCGGACAUAUUGGAGUACCUGGCGUUCUCGACGUACAUGCAAGGGAACGUAGCUCGGGCUUUAAGCAUGACGAACGAGCUUUUGGAGCUGGUACCAACUCACGAGAGGGCUUUGGGAAACCGAGCUUAUUACCAAAAGGAAAUUCAGAGCAAGGCGAGCCAGUCGAAGAAGAAACGCGGCGAAGACGGUCACGAUGAUACAGCGAUUCCCGAACAACACUUCACCGUAAACGAGGAAAAAGUGAAACCCUGGGAGGAGAUGACCGAAAGGGAAAGAUACGAAAUGCUGUGCCGCGGCGAGGUCUCGAUUCCACAGGAAAUGCAAAUGAAACUCAAGUGCCGGUACGUGGAUCGCGGGAUUCCAUUUCUAAAAAUCGCGCCGUUCAAAGAGGAGGAGGCGUAUCUGGAUCCGAGGAUAGUCGUUUAUCAUAACGUGAUAUACGACGACGAAAUCGAGACGAUCAAGAGAAUGGCGCAACCCAGGUUUAAGCGCGCCACAGUGCAGAAUUACAAAACCGGCGCUUUGGAGAUAGCCAAUUAUAGAAUUAGUAAAAGCGCGUGGCUACAGGAACACGAGCAUAAACACGUAGAGGCGGUGAGCAGACGCGUGGAAUUAAUGACCAGCAUGACGGUAGACACCGCCGAAGAAUUGCAAGUAGUCAACUACGGUAUCGGCGGUCACUACGAGCCGCACUUUGAUUUCGCAAGGAAAGAAGAAACGAACGCUUUCAAGAGUCUGGGAACUGGCAACCGUAUCGCUACAGUUUUGUAUUACAUGAGCGACGUGGAGCAAGGUGGCGGUACCGUUUUCACAGCCAUCAACAUUUCGUUGUGGCCCAAGAAAGGUAGCGCGGCAUUUUGGUACAACCUGAAACCUAACGGAGAAGGAGAUUUCAAGACCAGACACGCGGCUUGUCCGGUGCUCACUGGAUCCAAAUGGGUGGCAAACAAGUGGCUUCACGAAAGAGGUCAAGAAUUUUUGAGGCCUUGCACCCUCGAAAAUCAAGCAGCAGACGAGGCUGAUGUCAGACACUGAACCGAUACUCGACUCCGGAUCGACGACAUUAGGCAAAAUGAAGAAGAAAGAGAAACAUUUUUUUAAUUGCUGCUCGGCCAUUCAACAACAUUCAGACGAAAAACGAACAAAUCAUCUCUGCAUCGUUCCAAAAUACAUUAUAACGACGGAUCGGAAAAUUUGUCGAUAUGUCGCGCGAAUGUUGCAACAAUGAUUUUCGUUUAGACGUAAUAUCGAUGGUCUUCGAUACUUACAGAACACGAUAACUGCCAGCAUUUGUUACACGCGUUUAAAUCACUCGCGAGAAUCAUCGAUUCUCGAUGAGCCUAAACGCGCGAUCUUUCGAUUUCUUGUUUCGUUUUCUUAACCGGUCGUUUAACAAAGUAACGAGGCAGUUUCUGAAACGAUUCGCUCGGACUCUGCGUCACUCAUUAAAAAUUACUCUUAGAGAUAGGAUUUUUACAAAAGCACAGCGUUUAGGUGUAGCAUACGUUAGAAAUUAAAGCAAUAACGAAUUGCACGUUUGGGCCAGUCAGUUCAUUCUAGAAGUAGUAUCUUCGUGCUCGUUUACGUGAAACACGCGUGGACGUUGCAUAUCGAGCGCGAGAGCCGUGAUUAAUUGGCGUAAUUGAGGUCGCUCGAAAAAACAAAAAAAAAAAUAAAUAAAUAAAUAAAUAAAUAAAAA